CGGAGUCAGGAACGUGACCAAGAGCGCAAGGACCACAGGGAUCGUGUUAAAUACUGUACCUCGGGGAACAAAACUGAGAAGGCUAAUUAGGACAGGUCACCACAGGGAACCGGGACGCGGGGAGGGGAGCCCGCGAUGUGAGAAACUCGGGCGCGGGGUAGUCAGGCCGACUACGACGGCCAAUAAUCCGUAGGGGUUCUGGGCUCAGCCCACAGAGUUAGGGGCUUACGCCGUGACAUUCCCUCGUGAUCUUGGAGACUGGGCUUUCCCGGAAGGACCAUGCACGAAAGAGGAGUACGCUCAGUGUGUGCCGUGUCCACGUGUGCAAGCUCUCGAGGGGAGGGGGCGCGGAAGGCGUGACAAAGACGGACUUUAUGUCUGAGUGUGCGCCUCGCUCCAGAGGGAAGCAGCGAACUGUGCCAGGAAAGUAUCUCGUGGAAAAGCCAGGACGAAAGUGACAAAGGCUGGGUGUCUGUCACGGAGAAACGCGCCAAGCUAGCCACCGCGCGUCUGUGGGUGCGUGCGAUCGCUGGAAGAUGCAACCAAGGAGUGUGCUGGGCUGCACCCCGAACCGCUUUCGGGAGAGAAAGGCGAGUCCAGAAAGUGAGUACGCGCAAGUGCGCGCGCGCCCGCGUGCGGGGGCGUGGCAGUAAACAGCAACAACCCACACUCCGGCUUGGCCAGAAACUCGGAUCUCCCUUCCCAGCUCGAAAGUACUCAGCUGCCUAGCCUGGAGGGACCCAGCUGAAGCCUGGCCUGGGAGCCAGGAUGGCCACCCACAGAGCCUUGCUGGUGUGCCUAGGAUUGCCUGUGUUCUUCCCCGGGGCCUGGGCCCAGAACCAUGUUCCACCCGGCUGCGGCCCAGAUCUGGAUCCGCUGUACUACAACCUCUGUGACCGCUCUGGGGCUUGGGGCAUCGUCUUGGAGGCAGUGGCCGGGGCUGGCAUCAUCACCACGUUCGUGCUCACCAUCAUCCUUGUGGCCAGCCUUCCGUUUGUGCAGGACACUAAGAAGCGGAGCCUCCUGGGCACCCAGGUGUUCUUCCUGCUGGGCACCCUGGGCCUCUUCUGCCUGGUGUUUGCCUGCGUGGUGAAGCCAGAUUUCUCCACCUGCGCCUCUCGGCGCUUCCUCUUCGGAGUCCUGUUUGCCAUCUGCUUCUCCUGCCUGGUAGCCCAUGUCUUUGCUGUUAACUUCCUAGCCCGGAAGAACCACGGGCCCCGAGGCUGGGUGAUCUUCACCGUGGCCCUGCUUCUUACCCUUGUGGAGGUCAUCAUCAACACCGAGUGGCUGAUCAUCACUCUGGUACGGGGAGGUGGCCAGGUUGGCCCUCUGGGCAAUGGCAGUGCCGACGGGACCGUGACCCCACCCUGUGCCAUCGCCAACAUGGACUUCGUCAUGGCACUCAUCUAUGUGAUGCUGCUGCUGCUGGGAGCCUUCCUGGGAGCCUGGCCCACCCUGUGCGGCCGCUUUAAGCGCUGGCGGAAGCACGGGGUCUUUGUGCUGCUCACCACAGCCACCUCUAUUGCCAUCUGGGUGGUGUGGAUUGUCAUGUACACUUAUGGCAAUAAGCAGCGCCACAGCCCCGCCUGGGAUGACCCCACGCUGGCCAUUGCCCUCGCCGCCAAUGCCUGGACUUUUGUCCUCUUCUAUGUCAUCCCCGAGGUCUCCCAGGUGACCAAACCUAGCCCAGAACAGAGCUACCAGGGGGACAUGUACCCUACCCGAGGCGUGGGCUAUGAGACCAUCCUGAAAGAGCAGACGGGCCAGAGUAUGUUUGUGGAGAACAAGGCAUUUUCUAUGGAUGAGCCGGCCUCAGCGAAGAGACCCGUGUCACCUUACAGUGGCUACAAUGGGCAAUUGCUGACCAGCGUGUACCAGCCCACCGAGAUGGCCCUGAUGCACAAAGGCCCGUCCGAAGGCGCGUACGACGUCAUCCUCCCACGGGCCACCGCCAACAGCCAGGUGAUGGGCAGUGCCAAUUCAACCCUGCGAGCUGAAGACAUGUACAUGAUCCAGAGCCACCAGGUGGCCACACCACCAAAGGACGGCAAGCUCUCUCAGGAUCAGUCCCCGAAAAACAAAACGAGAUGGUAGAUGCCCUCUUCCCUGGACCACACCUCAUCCGGACACCCUCACUGCUCUGCAUCCCGCUGAGCAGGGCCCAGCAGUUUUCCCACCUUUGUCCUUGGAGCUGGGAGGGACCAGAGGCCACCAAUAUGAAGCUUUGGACUGAGUAGGGACCUUGGGAUAGGCCUGAAGCAUGUGACUGGUGCUCAUAGGGUCACCUACCUUCUUACCCGCCCAUCCCAACCUCCUGGUCCCCAAGUGACUGCAGCUACAGGGAGCUAACUGUUGACUCCUGUCUCCUGCCUGCCUUAACACCCCCGCCCCUCCGUCACAGAGUCUGUGUCCCCAUGUGACCCUCCAGGUGGUUGCUGUCCCACUGUGAACAUCAGGUAUGCGACGCCACUGCUCUGACACUGGGCCUUCUUGGCUAUGCUGGUAACCCAUUGGUGUGUCACACAAUUCGUGUCAUAUGCGUGUCUGUGAGUCUCUAGAGACAAGCCACACAGAAGUUAUCCCUUGCUCUACUCUGGGCCUCCUGCCAUCUUCUAGACUGUGCAAAGUUACCAGCUAGGAGCAGAGCCCAGGCUGGGCAGGCUGUUUCUCAUGACCCGAGGGUCCCAGGUCCCAGCACCUUUGCUCCUGGACUGAGUGUACCCUACCUUCACCAGGGCAGGACCAUUCACUCUGCCUGUCCUGCCCUCCCCGCUGCCCAUCCCCAUUGGGAAUGGGAAUCACAACACUCUCGUCCCACCUGGGGAAGCUUUCCCCCCCAGCUCUGCCUCACAGGGAACUCCACAUGAGAGUCUAAGAGGUGGUGGGCCACCACGGUGCUUAGAACUUUGUACCGUGUAUGUACCUCAGUUAAUCCCCCCGGCCACAUCUCCCCGGUCUGCUUCUGUGCCAGCUCCCAGGAUGGCUCGCAGAGGCAGAAUUACCCGGAUAUCUAGGUUCUGCAGGUACCUGCUGGGGCUACUUAGACAUUUGUGGUUGGGGUCUGGGAGCUCCCUUAGGAGACAGUGGGUGGGAUUCCGGACUGCAUUCUCAGGGUGACUUGAACCUUUCCUGUGCCAGGCUGCUGGGGAGUGGGGCCCAGGACUGGAGAUUGCUUAUGGGAGAAUGUCUAAGUUUCUACCUCAGCUUGGGCAGAUGUCCUUGGGACACCUGGACAAGCCCUGUCACUUUCAUCACUAGAGGAGGCUCUAGUGUCCUUGGCCUUACUUAGGACAUGCACCUGAGGAACCCGAAGAGGGCCAUUUUCAGGCUUGCGAGCUGCUGACACCGAUAACUGAGAUGAUCAUAGUACCAGACCCUGGAACAAAGAUCUCCACAUCAUCAUCCUUUAUUCUACCCUUGGGUACCAGACAGAGCCUCCUCCAGGCCCUCCCCGAGUAUGCCCUGGAGCUUGGCCCUUAGCCCAGCACUAUUUAGUGCCGAGGUAGAUAGAGAUGGAGAUGAUUGUGGCUUCCCAGGAAGGUGCACCAUGCUGAGUUCAUGGCUCCCAUGAUGUCCCUAGCAGCCUGUGCCUUUUAUCAUUGGGUGAAAGGUCCCCACAGAGUGGGACUAUACCUCCAAAUGUGACUCUUCCUGCCUUGACUUCUCUGUUGAAUGAGGGUGCUGAAUCUACAAGUGAUAUUAAUACCCCCCACUCAUACAAAAGAAGGGGGUCUCCAUGCACCUCACACUGUUCUUGACCUGGAGCUCUGGAAUCUGUCACAGAAAGCAAGGGCCUAGUUUGUUCCCUUAUGCGAUUCUUUCACGACUCCGAAAGCACCAGAUGCCUAAGUGUGCAGCCUGUGGUGGAUGUGGCUGUGUUUAUAGCCCCCGGCCAGGCUUCAGCUGCAGCUGAGGAGUGAUGGGUUCCUGGAAGACGUGAGCCUGCCUGGAUGCAGAAGUAUCCAUGGUACUUACCCUGUAUCUUCCAGCUUCCGUUCCAGUGGAGAAGUACAUUUUAAGGAGAGUGGGGGGUGGGGGAAUGGCUCCACACUCAAGUCUUGAAUGGGCCUGUUCAAGUUCAUCAUUCACAGGCCAGUCUCUUGGUAGAUGUCACAGCAACACUGUUAAGUAAAUGUAAGUGGAGGUUCAACUUUGUAACUACUUAUAAUUAAAUGACUGCCCUUUCUUUGUGAGGGGUUAACGCC